GAAGGUUAGAAGGGCAUGGCGAUAAUGUGGCAAGCUGAUUGUCAUGGGAUAAACCGUCGUUGCUUGGCACAAAAGGGUGACUUCGCAUGCGUUCAGUAGACGCUAUUGAACAAGUAGGUGGUAUUUGUACACGUUUUGUCACACGAACGAUAGCUGCGCCGUUUGAUAAACUUUUUUUGUCGACUGUUGAGCAGACGAAUUCCACAUUUUGUGAAUCAUCAGAUUUCAGUGAUUGCGUGUCGGUGGAAUAAGGUGACCACUGAUAAUGUGGUUUGCCAUAUUAAUGAAAGAUCUGGUCACUUGGCGCAUAAUUGUUCAGAACGGAACAUGUACAUUUUAUAGGUAACAGUUUUCAUUGAGAGAGAAAACAACCAACAUUUUUAUUUUAAAGGAAUCGUUGCCUGACUGUGAGAAAGAAAAAAAUGUAUUCUUCUAUUUUGAAGCAAUCUAAUAUGCAUUUGAUUUGUUUGAGUUAAUUCACCGAUUUGAGUGCAAGUUUAAAUGACUAAAGCAGCAGAUGAAACCAAAAGCAGCCAGUUUUAGACUGAAUGUAGAUAUGGAGAAGAGAGGUAGUGAGACAAGUACAGAUCAGCUGCAUGCAAGUUAUCUGCUUUACAAGCAGAACUACAGUUUAGAUCUUCUGAAAAGUCUAAAUGUUUUCCGCAGUGAAGCAUCAUUUACAGAUGCAAUUUUGUGUGUUGGACAUGAAGAAUUCCCUUGUCACCGAAAUGUUCUUGCUGUGAGCAGUCCUUAUUUCAUGGCCAUGUUUACUAGUGAUCUCAAAGAAAGUCGCAAUGCUAGAAUAUGUUUCAGUGAGGUAUCACCUUGGACUUUGAAACGAAUAAUUGACUUUGCUUACAGUGGUCGGCUUGAAAUUACACCCGAAAAUGCUCAAGAAAUGUUGGCUGCUGGUAAUUUAUUUCAGUAUCCAGACAUUGUCAGUGCCUGUUGUGAAUUUCUAGAACAGCAGUUGCAUCCGUCUAAUUGCUUAGGGAUUGAAAACUUUGCUCAGAUGCAUAGUUGUGAUUCUUUGCAACAAAAAGCCAUUAAAUUCACUGAAGAAAAUUUCAGCAUUGUGGUAGAAUGUGAUGAAUUUGUAGAUCAGCCACUAGAACGGAUAAUUCAGUAUAUAUCUAGUGACUUCAUCGAUGUUCGCACCGAAGAAACAGUAUAUGAUGCUGUCAUGCGAUGGAUCAAAUUUGAUCCUGAUGAAAGGGACAAGCAUCUUCCUGUUUUGUUGCAGAAUAUACGCUUACCUGUUUUAGAUAUAUCUAGUUUGCAUGCCAUGGCAAAAGAUCCUUGUAUAAGGGGAAGUAAACAGUGUUUAGAGAUGAUCCAGGAAGCUCAGCUCCAGCAUGAAUCCAUUUCCAACCAACAUGGACAAAGACGUUGCAGUAUGCAGAGUGUUCAGUUUAAUCCACGGCCCUCCACAGUUGCCAAGGAGGUAAUGGUGGUUGUCUGUGGCAUCAAUAGCUAUAUCACAAAAACUAUAGAAAUGUAUGAUCCACAAAAAGAAAAAUGGUCUUGGCUACCUGAUUUUCCACAACUAAUUUCAUGGUUUAGCGUAGCUACAGUUGCUAAUUCCAUAUUUGUGACAGGUGGCAUUUGUGAUGGUCACAUUGUUUCUGAAGUUUGGAAGUUUGAUGUGGUCAAGCGAAAAUGGACAAAGAUGCCUUCUAUGCCAACUGCUCGGGCAAAGCAUGCAUCUGUUGAACUUAAUGAUUGUCUGUAUGUGCUUGGUGGCAUGGCAGAUGGAAAUUUAAAAUACGUGGAAGACAUAGAGUGUUAUAACCCAGUCACCAACUCAUGGACAAAAAUGGGACACACCUACUUUCCAAGGAAGCAAUCUCAGGUUGUAACAUUUGGCAAUACCCUCGUUGAAAUGGGAGGCUUACUGGAAGAUGAUGUCAAAGUUAAAACCAUUGUCAGUUACCUGUGUGCAGACAAUGGGGUAGUGAAACCAGCCGGAGAGGAGCUUGUACUGCCAGACAUGAUCCAGUUCUGCCAGGUGAUCGUGAUAAACAGCGAUAUCUACAUCAUGUGGGAAGACACCAAAAAGGUGAUUGCUUUGAAUACGGAGAAACAAACAUUCCGUCAUGUUCCAGAUAUGCAUUAUGCUCACUUGCAUUGUGGUGCUACAGUUCUUCAUGGUAAGAUUUACGUUUCUGGAGGACUCAUCGACUCCAAACCGUCAACCAUCGUAGAGUGUUACGAUCCACAAACCAACUCUUGGACUAUUGCAAAACCCAUGCAGGAGCCGAGAGCCUAUCAUGGGUUCGUGACCAUUCAGAUGUGUUAACAAAGCUUUAAAAGUUUCAGAUUAACUUAACUAAACAUUAUCUAUAUAUUUUUGAUGCCAAAAAAGCUUUACAUAUAUAUAAGGUAUGUAAUAUUGCACAAUUUGCAGGUACAAACAUAUUGCAUUAAUUAGUAUUCUUUGAUUUUAUUCUUUGACAAAGAUAUUGUUUGCUCUCACCUGACUAUAAAUCUACAUACGUGUAUGAAAAGUAAACUGACAACGUUAUAAUUAUAUAUAACUAAAUAAAUAUACAUGUAUAUAUAAUAGCAUAUCUAUGUAUAUUUUUGUAUAUCUUUGAAUGCUUAUGUCACCAAGGCUUAAAUAUAUUUUAAAAAUUAUAUAGAAAAUUUAGGCCUCUGCAAAUUAGAAUUUUUAUUAACCUUUUUAUGUAUAUAUUGCUAGAAUUGAAAACCAAACUAAAGCACUGACCAGUCAUUAGAUUUUACACAAAUGGUAAAUCAGAAUUUUAAAUACAACUACACAGUCAAACUGAUCCUUGAUUCAGUUUCAUGCAAUUUGUGGAGGCCUGAAAUUACUGCAUGAUUGGCACAUGAGAAGUCCAAGUCUUGUUUUAUGUUCAGGACAACAUGCAUAUCAAUGCAAUUCUUAAGUAAUGCUACCAAGGGAACCCACAAAUUUUAAUGUCUUCAUCUGACAUAAAUGGAAUUCUGGUUUUGUGUGUGUGGUGGGUGGAGGGAAUGAGUGUGACAAUGUGUGAGUUAAUGUGCCAUUUUCACAAAAUGGGACAAAUAACAAUAAAGACAUAUAAGACAUGGUACAAUACAUUUUUUAUUCAGCAAAUAUUAAUUUGCAUUGAAAUAUUUAUAAAACCUCAAAUACCACCAUCGUCCAAUGAUAACCUUAAAACAAUUUGAAAAUUAUUAUAUAACUUUUAUAAUAAAAUAAGGUCAAACAAGAUCAUGUCAUAAAGUACACAAUGUAGAUGUGUCUUGUCCUUUUUUUUUCUCAGCAAAGUAUCUUUACAUUUUACUGCUUGACUCAAAACAAGAAGUAAAAUAGCAGAUCCCCCCCCAGAAAACCCAAAAAAAACCCAACAAUAAACAAAAUGUGUCCUAUACUAAGAAAAUUUAUUACCGGCUAGAAAUAAAUUGGCAUGGAGUGAGGGAAGGAUUUUGUAUAAUGUGUGAAAAAUUUGAACCUCUGAGAUGUAUUUUAGAGCAUUAUCAGACUUGCGUAUGGUAUGGUGUAUCCGUGGAAUUAAAAUACAAUGUUCAGAACCACAAGCUGAAUAGUAGUUGAAAUGUACUGUCUCUUGAAAAAUUACCAGUAAGUAUUUGAUGAUUUUAGCAGAUUUGUAGAUCUUAAAAAAUGGACUUCAUAUAUAUUAUUGUACUUUUCACAAGCUGUUAAUACUGCUAUUUCAUUUAUAAAAUAGGCAAUAUUACAUUCAUUGUGCCAUACAUAGCCAACAAUGUGCUGUCACAUUAUGUUCAAGUUUACAUCAGCCAUAUGCGUUGCCAAAAUAUGAUUUUAAAUCAGAUCUGACUUGUAACUAUGACAGGUAUAUUCCAUGUUGUCACUUAUUGUCUGUCUUUUCUGAUCAGUCACCUCAUUAAGUGACAUAUGAGUCAGAGGAACAUAUGAUAUACCUCAUUAAUUAUAAUAACUGUUAUACAUUGUACAUGUAGUUCUAAUUGUAUUAAAAGUAGAAAGCAUGUAUUUAAAUUCAACACUGAAAAGAACCUAAAACCUGUUUUGAGAUCUUUACUUUUAUUUGUCAUUUUUGGAAAAAAAACAAUUGCCAGUGUCAUAUUGUAGAUUGUACACAUAUGUGCAAUACAGUUUAAAAGCUGUUUCAAAAUAAUCACAUGUAGUUUGGUCCAUGUAGCAAUAAAAUACCUUUAAUACCCACCGUCCUUCAUCUAUAUACCGGUAUUCAAAUGUACCUGUAUUAUCAUGAAAAUGAACAGAAAAUAGAUCUAUCUUCUCAUAGAAUAUAACACCCACCCCCAUAUAUUUGUGUGCUUGUAUGUGCAUGUGUGCUCCCCCAUGUGCAUGUAUCAUGAUUAAAAAAAAGACACACCCACUGUUAGUACUUACUACUACUAGUCAUAUAAAUAAUUUAGUUAUCUCCCUCCAACCAAUUGCCAACCUUAUGUGAUGAUGAUGUGAUCAUUUAUGGAAUAGCCCUAACACCAUUUUAAGUUGUCUUAAGAGUCAUCGGGUUACAUACAUGUACAUGUACUUAAUAAUACCAUGAUUACCAAUAUUUUUGUGCUUAGCAUUGUCCCCUACUAAAAACCAUUUUGUAACAAUUUAGUAUUUAUAACAUAAUUUUAUAUAUAUAUAUAUAUAUAUGUUUUUAAUUAUUGCAUCAUUAAAACCCCGUGUUGAUCACAUAUCAGUCGAUAUAUUAGUGGUCUUCAACAGGAAAGGCGAGUGAUCACUCAUGCUCACCUCCACCCUUACCUGCAAAGUUUUAGGAGAGCUGCAAAUUGAUUGCCUUGAAAAACAUUUUUUAAAUAAAUUUUAUUUAAAACUUCAUGUGAUUGCUCGCCUGGCACCGUUUCAGGAGAGUGUUCUUCACCUCGCCUGGCAUCAUUUAAGGAGAGUGAUCUUCAGCUCACCUGGCACCAUUUCAGGAGCAUGGUCUUUAGCUCACCUGGCAUUAUUUAAGGAGAGUGAUCUUCAGCUCACUUGGCACCAUUUCAGGAGAGUAGUCUUUAGCACACCUGGCACCAUUUAAGGAGAGUGAUCUUCAGCUCACCUGGCACCAUUUCAGGAGAGUUAUCUUCAGCUCACCUUGAUUUUGCUCAUGGCAAAGACUGUAUUAGUGAUGUUCUGAUUAAUUAAGUUUGUUGACCAUUGCUAGCUUGAACCAUUUGACCAGUUAGUCGAACACAAGUCUCAUGACCAGGUACAAACUUAUGUAGUUCUUUGUGUACUACCGGUAAUUAACAAGGGGAACAAUGGCAGGUGAUGCUGUAAACAGGCACUGUUAGCCAGUUGAUUAUUUUAUGAACACAUUAUGCCUUAUUACACACGUGUAUACUACAGCUUAUUAUGAUGCAUCUUAAACGUAAAAAUAAACUGUAAUACACUGCAGGAAAAUCAAAGUUUUUGAGCAUUGUAAUAUAUUUUUUGUAGUAAAUGGGAAAGACAAAAUGGCGAUUUUAAAGCAUGUUCUCAUGGGUAAGAUACGUAAAAUUUUGUCUUCUGUUGUUUACAAUAAUUUUGUUUGACUAUUUUACAUAUUGAUAUACAUCAAUUUCCAUUGUUGGUAGUAUUAAAAAUUUAUAAUUAAAUUGAUAUAAUCUUGUCAAAUAAGGGUAUUUAAUGUUGAAUAAUUAAAAUGUACAGUUUAAAUGAAAUAUACAUUAAAGAUAUAUAAUUAAAUGCCCACUCUAAGAUGAUACAAACAAUUUAAAAUCACUGGUGAACAGUACCUAUUGAAUUUUCAAUAAAACUGCUUAUUAUAUAUUAUGUUUGAUAUUGUGAUAUAUCAUUAAUAUUUUGUUUAAAAGUAGUAGUUUUAACAAGAAUUAGUCAUCUCAUGACAUGCAAAACAUUACUGGUAUUUUGUAAAGUUUGAUAACAGGGGAAACAUGACAUCUAAAUCAUUAGGAUUCAUUUUAUAAAUACUUUAAAAAGUUUAAAUAUAUAUAUAUAUAUAUAUACACGAAAAAGGAAAGGUAGAUUGCAGUUUUGAGGUUACAGUUCUUUACCCUAAGAUAACUUGUCGGUAUGUACACAUGGAUAUUUUUAACUCCUUCAGUCUUGGCCAGAAUCGUAAAAAUGAUGUCAUAUAGAUAUUUUGUGCUUCGUCCAAAAUUUGGGAUUUGUGGAAGCAUGGAAUCGUUCUAAAUUCGCAACCUGUGUUAAUACUGUUUUAUUUAUAUCUUGACCAAUGUUGUUACAAAUUUCAUAUAUAAAUAGAACAUUUUUCUUAUUUCCAAAACAGUUUUCCUUUUCUUUUUGCAUCAAGCCAAACUGGAAUUAUUGACAAAGGAGACAGGUUUUACUCGUUUGUUGCUACAUUAGUUUUUGUCAAUGUGCUAUGCAUUACACUGAAUGACCACUUGGGGAACCAGUCAGAAUAGUUUGCAAAUGUUUAGCGAAAAAUUGGUUGGCUGACUGUUGGCCUAUACUUGAUAAUGAUUAAUUGGUCAAACGAUUCAAGUGCAAUGUUUGAUGUUCUUGCUUAAGUGGAACACCACUCUUACAUAUACAUAGUAGAGUGCAUAUAAGUGAAAAAGAAAGUGCUUUCUUUAUAGGUUGUUCUCUUUAGUUAUGUACAUAGCACCAGUUUUAUAACUAAACCUUUUUCCAAAGUCAGAACAGUACAUAAUGUUGUGUUUGAUAAUACAUGUACUAGUAAACAGCCCAUGUUAUUUGUAUGAAAAGUCAGCAAUGCCAGUAUAAAAUCUUACGUAAAAUCAAUUAUUGAAACUUCAUUGAAGAGGCACUUGUGUAAGUUUUAAAAAUAUAAAUGUGGAAGCAAAGUUUACAAACUGUUUUGCUUCAGUGUUUGUUUUUACUAAGGCAAUUUUCUUAUUUCAUGUGCUGCUGAAAUGGGUCACAUAAAACCAUUUACUGUGAAAACUAGUAAAUGAAACACAAGUACAAGUACCUUUCAAUCCAAGUUACUAAGGCAAUUGAGGGACAUAUUGGGUAGUAACGUACUGAUGAGCUUGAAAGGAAUAUAGUACAAAAUAUACAAAGUAUGGCAUCAUACCCGUUUUACCCUCUGGCAGAAACCCUGCUAGUACUAGACUUAAAAUCGAAGUCUAGCCCCUGUCUAUAGAGCAGUUAUCCCAGCUAUCCUGCCUUCUCAACAUUACUGGUAAAAACAGCAGUAAAAGUGUACUGCUACUGGGUCUUGUAUUUUUGUUUAUUAAGUGCAUGUAGCGGAAAAAAGGGAGUAUAACUGAUACAUGUACCUUACAUGUUCCUGUUCUAUAGCCAAAACAUUUAUAUACUAUAAAAUAACAUUACAUUCUUUCAGCGUAACAACUGUUAUUCAGUGCUUUUAAAUAUACAUACAAGUGCAUGUCUUUGUGCCUUUUCAUGUAUAUGUAUGUCAUAAGUUAUUUACUGCUAAAACUGCUUUGUGUAUGAAUUAUGCUUUGCAUUUCCAUUUGUAGUAGGUACCAUUACAUUGCAUUAUAAAUUAAAUAUUUGUUGCUGCUUAAUCCUUAUUCACGUGACUAGACCUCUAAGGCAUGGAGACAGUAUAUUUUUAUUUUUUAUUAUUAUUAUUUUAAUAUUCAGGGAACAUGUUGUUCAGAAACUGUCACAAUUUACUACACAAUUUUAAAACUUUAAACAGUAGUUGCUAAUCUAUUUUCAAUUGACUAGAAAUAUCACUAAACAAGAUUUUGAAAAAAAACCUGUUCCCUAAUAAGAAAUCUCAAGAAAUCUAUUUGCUAGAUACAAAAUAGUUAAUUAAAUAUAGGUGUCAGAAGGUGACAGCAAUUAAGGGUGGGUUUCAUUUACAUGUAUAUGUUAAUUUGAUUUGCAACUAGAGCAUCCAAUGCAUUAUCUUCAGUGUUGGGGACUCCCCACUUCUAAGGCCAAUAAUAUGUACAAACAAAAUCAGGCAGAAAAAAAAAGCCAGGGAAAAAAGAGAAACUUAAAGAAACAAAUAUUUACACUUUAUCAGUUGUCAGAUAAUUCACAAAACCCCCACAUAAUUCACUCAUUUAUCAUAUUAAAGAUUCAUCAUGAGAUAUCUGUUGACACAUUUUCAUUCCCUACACCUAUUUCUAAACAUGCAAUCUUUUAACAAAUCAUUUAUAUUUCUCAUAUUAAACUUUUAUUACAUAUAGAUCACAAGCAAAUGUUAAUAAUUCACAGUCUUUUAGAAAUCACAACUUGGAGGCAUUAGCUCAGUCCAGGCAACAGGUUUUGAGUCUCUUCUGGAGGCUAUGAGUGGCACAUUCUAUACAAAAUUGUUUUUUAAAUUAUACCUUCAACAUACAUGUACACCAUGCUUUGGUAAUUCCAUUAAUUGCAGUUAUUUGUUUAGGAUGAUUAAAAUAAAUAUAUUGUUUGAGCCAUUUAACAUGCUUUAUUAAUGUUAAAUUAGUAUAUAUAUAUGGUGUUUCUUUUUUUCAUUUUUUUUCCCCCUGUUCUUCUUUCAUACUAUCACAUGUAGCAGAUUAUGGGUGUAAAAUUAACCAGAUCUUAACAAACGCUUUAUGAUCUGUUGGCCUGUUCUGUAUGAAUCAUUCUGUCCAGUAUUGAGUUCAGUUUUUCUAUGCACAGUUUCCUUGAAUUUAUUAAAUAUGGUAAAGAAUCCUUGUUCCUAUAUGUAUUCACACGUAUCUUUUUCUGACUCAGAACUGUACUUAACUUCAUUCAACACUACAGUCAUUAUUCUGCAUUAUCAUAAUUUUUGUACAUUGGAGCUCUGUUCGAAAGGGUACAGAUAAACAUAGUUGUUCAUGUAUUAUUGAAAAGACCAUUCGGAAGGUUUAGUCUUAAUUUUUUUCAAUAGGAAUAUGUAUUUUGGCAUGGCUUUCCUCUUUAGAGUUACAAAUAGCGUUUGACUGCGGCACCAGUACUUUACAUUAUUACAUCUUGUAAUAAAACAAGAAUAUUUUAAUAUAGAUAAAAGCACUGUACAUACAUGUAUGCCUGGAAUCAUGGGAUACAAACAGAAUCAAAACCAGACCCCAUAAUAUUGAGUUGUGCUAUAGAUCUGGUGCCACAUGCUACACCUGAAAUGUCUGUUUAGUGAAUGAUUCAUAGUGCUACCAGUAUACUGAAUUUAACAUAAUUUUAAUUUCUUAGGAGUUGCCCAACCAAAAGUAACAAUCAAAUAACUUUGGGGUUUUUCUCUUCUUUUUUUUAACAUGGUGUUUUGUUAAUGAAGCCGUGAUUUUUCAUCUUUGAAAUGUUUAAUAAUAACAGUAUUCAUAAAUAAUAUGUAAAAUUAUGUUGUUUUUUAAUACACAUCCAUGUAUUUUUGCUUCUUUUUUAGUUUUACUUACUUUAUUUUUCUGUGUAUGCCAUUUUAAAAUGUAAAUGGUCACAACAGUGCUGAAUUUUGUUGUGUUUAUAUUUGGCUUUUGUUUCAUUUUUUUUUAUUGGUUGUGGACCACAAAGCAUUCAAAACCUAUAACCCUUUUUGUAUGAUUGGUUUUGUUUAUUUAUUCAUGUGUUACCAAUGGCUUAUUACAUAUAUUACACCAUUCUGAAAUAAAUCCUGUGCUGUGUUGUUGAUUAUCUUGAUCAAACCUUACAUGUAUGUAUUUCAAUUUUUUUAACAAUAAAAAUAAGUUACCAUC